GGGGCGUCCUGUUGACAGCCUGCCGGUCGGUGGGGGGUUGUGGGGAGGAGGGCUAACGAUGACGCGCGGGCCUCACGUGACCCCGAGCUGCAGAGCGACGCAGCCUUCGGUGCAGUCGUCACUCUAGUCUAGCUACCAGCUCACCGCUGCCCUGCGCACGGCGGGCUGGCAUUGGGCCUGGGAACGCGGAGCAGUUUGGUGUAGCACUGAGAUGAGGCCAGAAGAAGAAGAGAAAACUGCACAGGAUCCAUGAAGAUUUUCUUGUGGUCUUUCAGAAGAACUGUUUACCACUGGAAACAAGGGAAAGAGAGGGAGACUGGCCUAGAACAGUGGAAGUUGUGAAGACCUGCCUGCUUGUGUGCAGCAGAACUCAAGAUCACUGGAAGCAAAGAAACAAAGAGAAAAGUGCCUCUGAUCAGUAUAGACUGGUUCAAUGAUCUCAUGAAUUUACAUAAGGUAUAUCACCAAGCAAGAGAAGAAAAGAGGAGAGAACUUGCUUGAAUCACUUCAGGUCCACUUCCAGUGGCAGCUGUCCUGGCCUUUGUGUGGCUGAAGACCAGCGCGCUCAUAGAUCUACACUCAAGCCUAUCACCUUCUUUCCCCAGCCCAAGUGAGCCCCCUGUACUUUGUUUGUACCUUCUGCAGGGGUGAUUACAUGGGCCGUGUUCAGGAAGUGGGCUGGGCGACUGCAGGACUGGCGAUCUGGGCUGGCACAUGCUACUACCUUUACAGAUUAACCAAAGGAAGAGCUCAGAGUGUGACGAGACUUGCCAGAAAUGGGUCCAGAGUCAACAUGGAGACUGUGGUUGGGGUACAAAACCAGACCUUGGCGAUGAGUGAAGCCAUGGCUGGGGUGGAGAUUGAGACUAGACCCAAGGACAAGACUGAAGCAAAAACUGAAGGAAAUGAGCCUGGGGCUGAAGAAGAGACCAAGGUUACUACUAUAGAGGGGUCCAAAGCCAACUCUCAGUCCAAGGCAAUGGUUGGGGCAAAGACAGAGGCUCAAUCUGAGGCCGAAUCAGUGGCUAGAACACUGGUCAUGGUAGAUGCAGUGACUCUGACUGAGGCCAAGGUCAAAGCUAGGGAAGUGGCCACGAAAGAGGCAAUGACUCAAACUGAUGCUGAGGCUGGGGAAAUAGUAAAGAAAGAGGCAGUGACCCAGACCAAGGCUAAAGCUUGGGCACUGAUCUCCAAGACAGAGGCCAGAAAAGAAGCAAUGACCCAGACCAAAGCUGAAACUCGGACAUUGGCUGAAAAAGAGACUGAGAUUAACAGAGUAAUGGUAACACAGAGUGAGGUUUUGGCAGUGACCAAAGAAGUGGUCAAGAUUGGAACCAUGAACAAGACUGGAAUUGUGGUUGAAAGCAAGACAAGAGCCCUGGAAGAGACAGUGAGUGUGGUUACAACUCAGUCUGAUGGUAGGCUUGGUACCACAGUUGAUGCUAGGAAAAAUCAUAACGGCAUGUCCAGGGCAGUGGCUGUCAUGGAUGUUAAGUCCUGUGCAGAGUCCCAGGCUGUGGCCAAGAUGCAAGAUGACGACAUGCCUGCUGCUGAGGUUGAGGACAAGGGGAAUCUCAAAACCAUGCCUAAGGCAGGUUCUAAGGUUGAUACAAGGGCUUUUCCUCAACCUCAAAUUGUUGUCAAGACCCAGGCUGAGGCCAUGCCUGGGACAAAGGUUGAUAUGGAGGCUAAUAUCACCACCAUAUGUAAGGCAGAGCUGGGGACAAAUGUGAGAGCUUGUAUAAUCCAGCCUCAGACUGUGGCCAAGAAACAGGCUGAGGCAAUGUCUGGUGCCAGGGUUGAUGGGAGGGAAAAUACCACUGCUGUAUCUAAGGCAAUGACCGGAGCUGUUGUACAGGCUGCUUCUCAGAUUCAAGCUGUAGCCUGUGCUCAGCCUGAGUCUAUGCCUGAUGCCAGGGUUAAGGGCAGAAGCAAUCCCAAUGGCAUGGUUAAAGCAGGCGCCAUGACAAACAUCAGGACAAAUUUGCAAGAUGAAGCCUUGCCUGAUAAUAGCCAUAAGACCAGAAGCAUUCCCAGUGUCACGAUUAAGGCAGGAGCUGGGAUGGACAUGUUGUCCAGUACCCAGGCUCAGCCUGUGGCCAAUGUCCAGAGUGAUGCCUUACCCGAUGGUAGAAUCAAGACUAAGGGCACUGUUAACGCCGUGAUUAAGGAGGGAGCCCAGGCUACAGCUCAGAACCAGGGCGAAGCCUUACUUACUACUAAAGGUAAAGCUAGGGGCAAAGCCAAAGCCAAGUGUAAGGGAGGGGUUGGGCCAGACCUGAAAACCUGUUCACAAUCGCAAGCUGGGACCAAGACACAAGCUGAGGUCUUACCUGAUUCCAGGGUUGAUGGUAGGGGUGAUUCUAACGCCAUUUCUAAAGCAGGGCCUAAUAGGACUGGUGCUCAGCUCCAGGCUGUGGUCACUUCCCACGGUGAUGCUUUGCCUGGUACCAGGAAUAAAUUGAAGAGCUGUCCCAAUGCUGUGCCUAAGGCAGAGGCUGUGACAGCUACCGCAGACUGUGCCCAGCCCCAGGUUUUGGUCAGUUCCCAGAGUGAAACCUUGAUUGCAGCCAAGAAUAAGUCCAGGGGCAAUCGCAACGUUGUGCCUAAAGCAGAGACUGCGGCAGCUCCAAUAGGCUCUGCCCAGCCCCAGACUGUAACCAGUUCCCAGGGUGAGGCUUUGCCUGGUGCCAAGAAUAAGGUUAAAGGUAAUCUCAGUGCUACACCUAAAACAGAGACUGUGGUGGGUGUGACAGGUUCUGCUUUUCCCCAGGCUUUGACCAAUUCCCAGGGUGACAUCUUGACUGGUACUAGGGCUAAGGUCAAGGGCAACCCCAGCACUAUGCCUAAGCCAGAGGUUGGGGUGGGUAUAACAGACUCUUUCCGGUCCCAGACGGUGGCCAGUUCCCAGGAUGAGACCUUGCUUGGUGCCAGGAGUAAAGUCCGGGUUAAUUGUAAUAUACCUAAGGCAGAGGUUGGAGCGGGUACACUGGGCUCUUCCCAGUCCCAAACUGUGGUCAGUUCCCAGGGUGAGAUCUUGCUUGGUGCCAGGAAUAAGGUCAAGGGUUGUCCCAGUACUAUGCCUAAGGCAGAGGCUGAAGCAGGUAUAGUGAGCUCUUCUCAGCCCCAGGCUCUGACCAGUUCUCAGAAUGAGGCCUUGCUUGGUGCCAGGAAUAAGGUCAGAGGCAAUUCUAGUGCUGUGCCUAAGGCAGGACCCCAGAAAGGUACAAAAGUCUCUGCUCAACCCCAGGGGAUGGUCAGUUCCCCUGAGGCCUUGCUUGGGGUAAUGGGCAAGGCUAUGUCCAGGUCAGAGGCAGAAGCUACAACAGAAGCUAAGGUCUGUGCUCAGCCUCAGGCUGAGGCUGGGGCCGCGCCCGCUUCAGAGAGUGAGGGGGGGCCAGAUGCUCAAGCCUGCAGAAAAACUCAGCCUAACGUUCAUGAUUAUUAUUGGAAUGGGAUUGGUGUUGAGGAUUGGAUUGCUGCUGAACGGUGGAUCAAAUUUAGGUUUCAGGCCAUGGAUGGAGACUGGGAGAAUAGUGUGUCAUGGGCUGAUGAUAAGAAUGAAACCAGUAUUGGGUCUUGGAGUGGGACUGGUGACAAGAGUGGUACUGUUAGUUCUUGGACUGUGGCUUGUGAUGAGACCACCAUUAAGUCCUGGGCUGGGGCUAGGGCUGAGAAUGAGGUUGCUCUUGGGUCCUGGGCAGGAGCUGGGGACCAGGCCAGUGGAGGGCUCUGGGCUGCAAGUCAGGUUAGUGAGGCAUCAUGGACAGGGGACAAGGUUGGGGGUUCCUGGGUACAGGCUGAGAACAAGGCCGUUGGAGGAUCCUGGACUGGGACUGAGAACCAGGUUAGUGGGGCCUCUUGGGUUGUCUCUGGGAACCAGGCCAUUGCAGGGCCCUGGGCUGUGGGUCAGGUGAGUGAGGUGCCUUGGCCUGGGGUCCAGGCUGCUGGAGUGUCCUGGGUUGUGGACCAGGCUAGUGGAGGUUCCUGGACUGUGGCCGAAAACCAGGCUAGUGCGGUGUCUUGGGCAGGGGCUGGAAAUAUAGUUAGUAUUGGGUACUGGACUGGGGCUGUGGACCAAGCUAAUGCAGGAUCUUGGAUUGGGGCUGGUAAUCAAUCUGGCAGUGAGUCCAAGCCUAGAUUUGAGGAUCAGGCCAGUGAGAAAAGGUCCUGGGCUGGGGCUGACGGUCAGGCCAGUGGAGACUCCAGUUUGGUACCUGAGAAUCAGUCCAGUGGAAGGUCUUGGGCUGACACUGCAGACCAAGCCAGUAGAGGGUCAAGGCUUGGGCCUGUAGACCAGUCUAGUGGUGCAUCUUGGGCUGGUGCUAUGGAACAGGCUGGUGGUGGAUCUACAUCAGUUUCUGAAGACCAGCCCAGUGGUGCACCCUGGCCUGGCACUAGCAACUUGGCCAGAGGUGGGUCCUGGACUGGGACUGGUGAUCAGUCUGGUGGUGGAUCCAAGCCUAGUUUUAAGAAUCAGGCCACUGAUGAAGGAUCUUGGGCUGGGGCUUUUGGCCAGGCUGGUGGAGUGUCCAAGUCAGAGCAUGAGGAUCAGUCCAGUGGAAGAUCUUGGGCAGAUUCUGGAGAUCAAAUCAGUGGAAGGUUCUUGGUUGGAGUUGUGGACCAGGCCAAUGGAAAGUCCCAGGCUAGUCCUGGGGAUCUGGCUGGUGGUGGGGCAAAGCCUGUGUUUGAGGAUCAGGCCGGUGGAGGAGGAUGCUGGACUAAUGCUGCUGGGGACCAGCCUGGUAGAGAAUCUAGGCUGGGCCCCAGGGAGCAGUCCAGUGCAGAUUCCUGGUCUGGCACUGGAGACCAGGCCAGUGGAUGGUUCUGUGCUUAUACUGGCAGUCAGAUCAGUGGGGCAGGGUCUUGGGGUGGGACUGGUGGUCAGGAUGUUGGAGUUUCCAGGCCAGGGCCCAUGAACCAGGCUAGUGGUGGGUCCUGGGCUGGCACUGGGAGUCAGAUCAGUGGAGUAUCCUGGGCUAUGCCUGGGGUUCAGGCUGGUGGCUGUUCCAAACCUGGAUUUGGGAAUCAGGCCAUGGCAGCAGGGUUCUGGGCUGGUGCUGGGAACCAAGCUGGUGGAGGGUCCAGACCAGGGUCUGAGGGUCAGUCCAGUGGAGGAGGCUCCUGGCCUGGGACUAGUGUUCAUGUUAUUGGAGCAUCUAGACCAGAUUCCGCAGACCAGCCGAGUGGUUCAUCUUGGGCUGGCAUUGGAAGUCAGGUCAGUGGAGGGUCCUGGGUUGGGCCUGGGGAUCAGGCUGUUGGUUGCUCCAAACCUGGAUUCGAGAAUCAAGUCCGUGGAGGAAGUGCCUGGGCUGGUGCUGGGGACCAGACCAAUGGUGUAUCCUGGGCUGUGUCUAGGCCUGGGAAUGAGACUACUGGAGGGUCUAAGGUGGGUUCUGAGGACCAGGCCAGUGGAAGAUUCCUGGUCAGUGCUGAGGUGGAAGCCAAUGAAGGAUUUUGGUUUGGGCCUGGUAGUGAGGCCUUCAUUGGGUCUUGGUGCUGGACUGGGGAGGAGGCUGGUGUUGUGUCCAGGCCUGAUGGCAAGGAUGAGGCCAGUUCCGAAUCCGCAUCAGGGCCUAAGGAAGAGACCACUGUUAGCUCUGAGCUGAGUGAUGAGAACAAGGCUAGUGCUGGACCCAGGAUCAGAUCUGAGGAGGUAGCUUAUAUGGGUUCCUGUACUGGGCCUGAGGCUGGAGCUGGGGCUGAGGCUGGAGCUGGGGCUGAGGUUGGAGCUGAGACUGGGCCUGAGGCUUUAGCUGAGGCUGAGGAUGGAGCUGAGACUGGGGCUGGGGCUGGGGCUGGGGCUGGGGCUGGGGCUGAGACUGAAGCUGGAGCUGAGGCCAUAAUGGGGUCUUGGCCCUGGGAUGGAGAAGUGACCACUAAGGGGUCUGGGCUUCGGGCUAAGGAAAAGGUUGGCAUAUGGUCUUGGGCUUUGGCGCGGGAUGUAGACGAGGAUGAGCUAAGUGGCGCGUCCAGCCCUGAUAUUGAGGAGAUCAGCUUAAGGUCCUUGUUUUGGGCUGAGAGUGAAAACAGUCAUGAGUGCAGAUCCGAGAGUGGAAAAGAUAUUAAUUUUGAGUCUGGGGUUGAGGAUGAGGAGAGCAUCCAGGAUCAGUAUGAGGCAAGCAUCAUGGAUCAGUUUGAAGCUACUGAUGGAGUUGAUAUAAGGUCUUGGUUCUGUACUGGUAACGAAAGCAGAAGUGAGGACAAAUCGACACCUAAGGCUAACGCUAAGAAGUCAGCAGAGUCAAGAGGGACAUAUCCAUGCAUGGUCCCUGGGGCAGGAAUGGGCUCGUGGGAGGGAGCCACGAUCUGGUCAGAAGUGAAGUUUCCACACCAAAACGAGGCCAGUUUCCCAUCUGGGGAUGAGUUCAGACAGCAGAACAGGGCUGGGGAGAAAGCUCGACCCUGGUCCUGCCGUUGUAAACAUGAAGCUAACAUGGAUCCCCGAGAUCUUGAAAAACUCAUUUGCAUGAUUGAGAUGACAGAAGAUCCUUCUGUUCAUGAAAUAGCUAACAAUGCUCUAUAUAACAGUGUGGAUUAUCCUUAUUCUCAUGAAGUUGUUCGUAAUGUAGGUGGGAUCUCAGUUAUCGAAAGCUUGCUGAAUAAUCCCUAUCCAAGUGUUAGGCAGAAAGCUUUAAAUGCACUGAAUAACAUCUCAGUGGCUGCUGAAAACCAUAGAAAAGUUAAGACAUACUUAAACCAGGUAUGUGAAGAUACUGUCACCUAUCCCUUGAACUCAAAUGUGCAACUGGCUGGACUAAGAUUGAUAAGACACCUGACUAUAACUAGUGAAUAUCAGCAUAUGGUUACAAAUUACAUUUCAGAAUUUCUUCGUUUGUUAACAGUGGGAAGUGGAGAAACUAAAGACCACGUUUUGGGGAUGCUUGUGAAUUUCUCAAAAAAUCCAUCUAUGACAAAAGACUUGCUCAUUGCUAAUGCACCAACAUCUCUGAUUAACAUUUUUAGCAAGAAAGAGACAAAGGAGAAUAUUCUUAAUGCUCUCUCACUAUUUGAGAAUAUAAAUUACCAUUUUAAAAGGAGGGCAAAAGCAUUUACCCAGGACAAAUUCAGUAAAAAUUCCCUUUAUUUCCUAUUCCAAAGACCAAAAGCCUGUGCUAAGAAACUUCGAGCCUUAGCAGCAGAAUGCAGUGACCCAGAGGUGAAAGAAAGGGUUGAGAUAUUAAUAAAUAAACUCUGAUUAAUUGUAUGUUCCCAAAUAAAUGUGAGUAAUAUUUUGCUUUUGCAGCCUGGACGUGAUGCACAUUGUAAACUGCAUUAGAACAUCAAAACCGAUGUUAUGUAUGGUGGUCCAUAAAUGAACCAUUGUGUGAACACCAAAUGAAUUCAAACUUGUACUCAAAAUACAUGUCAAUUUUUAUCUUGUGUGGAUUGAGAUAUUUUUAGUAUGCUUCAUGAGCAGAAACUGACCUGAUUCUUCAUAAGCAAGGUAAUUUUUGGUCCUUUGUGUGGACUUAUGUUUAUACAUUUUAGAUUUUAUAUUUAUGUCAUCAAUAAAGUUGUGUGUUUAAGCAGAAACAAAAAGACA